AUGCUCAAGUACGACAGCACCCACGGCCAGUUCAAGGGCACCAUCGAGACCUACGAGGAGGGUCUGAUCGUCAACGGCAAGAAGAUCCGCUUCUUCGCUGAGCGUGACCCCGCUGCCAUCCCCUGGGGCACCACUGGCGCUGACUACAUCGUCGAGUCCACUGGUGUUUUCACCACCCAGGAGAAGGCCUCCGCUCACUUGAAGGGUGGUGCCAAGAAGGUCGUCAUCUCUGCUCCUUCCGCUGAUGCCCCCAUGUUCGUCAUGGGUGUCAACAACACCUCCUACACCAAGGAUGUCAACGUCCUCUCCAACGCCUCUUGCACCACCAACUGCCUUGCUCCCCUCGCCAAGGUCAUCAACGACAAGUUCGGUAUCGUUGAGGGUCUCAUGACCACUGUCCACUCCUACACCGCUACCCAGAAGGUCGUCGAUGCCCCCUCCAGCAAGGACUGGCGUGGUGGCCGUACUGCGGCCCAGAACAUCAUCCCCUCCUCCACCGGUGCUGCCAAGGCUGUCGGCAAGGUCAUCCCCACCCUUAACGGCAAGCUCACUGGUAUGGCCAUGCGUGUGCCCACCUCCAACGUCUCCGUUGUCGACUUGACCUGCCGCCUCGAGAAGGCCACCAGCUACGACGAGAUCAAGAAGGCCAUCAAGGAUGCUUCCGAGAACGAGCUCAAGGGUGAGUUCCUACGUAAAUCCAUGAUACCGUGA